AUGUCUUCAAAGUCGUCAGAUGGGGAUAAUGUGCAGUUCAACACCGAUGUGGACCCAGAGGCAGAACUGGAGGAAAUACGGCGCCAAGUGAACGAUCUUCAAGAGGAUCUCCGGUUAAAGACGUUGCAGGAAACCGCGGCCCAAGAUGAGGGUAGCCGCAAGAGCACUGGCGCGGUGGCCGCGAAAAACACCUCCAUAUUUGUGGGUGGCAUGGAUCCUCGCACCACGGAGGGCGACCUCCGCGUGUUUUUUGGCUCGUGUGGAGCCAUUAAGCGCAUCACCAUGCUGCGCGACAAGUUCACAGGACAGUUGAAGGGUAACGCGUACAUUGAGUUUGAANUCGUGUGGAGCCAUUAA